AUGUCAUUUAACUUUGUGCCUAUUAAUUCUAAAAUAGCAAAUCAAGUUCGAACAGAACAAGGAAAAUAUGUGGCUGUCCAUAACAAAGUAGAUGGAAAAUUUUUAUGUGUUGUGACAGAACGCUACAAAGAAAUUGCGGAAAGAAUUAAAUCAUUCAAUGUGAGAAGUGAUGAUAUAUGGAUCGUAACAUAUCCAAAAAGCGGAACAACAUGGAGUCAGGAAAUGCUUUGGUUGAUUUCCAACAAUUUGGACUUCAAAACUGCUCGAGAAAUAUCCCUAGAAGAAAGAUCCCAAUUUAUAGAAUUUUCUGCAUUUCGUGAACAUUUUCCUGAUACCAUUACACCCGUUGAUAACAUGAAAUCACCAAGAAAUAUUAAAACUCAUCUGCCAGCUUCUAUGCUACCUGAUGAAAUUUGGGAAAAGAAACCGAAGAUUGUAUAUGUUGCUCGAAAUCCAAAAGAUGUUAUCGUAUCCUUCUACCAUCACUUUAGAAUGCUUGAAGGUUAUUACGGAACCUUUGAAGAAUUUGCUGAUACAAUAAUGGAAGACAAACUAUAUUGGUCUCCUUAUUGGAAUCACUUAUUGGACUUUUGGAAAUUGAGAAACCAGAAAAUGUUUUGUUCAUUACGUAUGAAGAAAUGAAGAAGGAUCUGUUUAGUAUUGUAAAGAGAGUCUGCAACUUCCUUGAUAAAACAUAUACAGAUUCGCAAAUGCGAGAACUGGUAGAACAUUUGAAGUUUGAUAAUAUGAAGAAGAAUGAUUCGUGCAACUAUUCUAAUAUAGUCAAACAGCAAAAAAAGGUAACUGGAGCAAAACUUCCAGAAGAUCUAACUUUUAUCAGAAGUGGAAAAACUGGUAAUUGGCGGACUGAUAUGAAUGACGAAGUAGCUGCCAAAGUCGAUGAAUGGACCAGAAAAAAUACCGAAGGAACAGAUUUUGAUUUAUGGCAAACUAUUGAGAAAAUAGACUAAGUAUUGUAUCAUAUAAAUAUUAAA